GGCAGUAAGAGUAAACAUAGGUAUAGAUUGAAUUACGCGCUACGAUCACAAGGACGAGAAUUUAAAUGCUUAAAACUUCCAAGACGAGAACGCCAUAAUCCCCCGAGUUCGAAAAUACCGAGGUCAGUGGGCAACAUAUUCAGAAGUUCUGUGAUCGAUUGGAAAUGUAAGACGGGGGACCGAACAGGACGGGAAAUGUUACCCUCCCCACUAUGGCAGAUCUUCAGACCGAGACGGUGACCCAGUUUUUGUUUGACAAUCCGGAUUUCCUCGAUUCCUUUGUGAUACAGCACGUCCAUGAAGACAGAGUUCGACAGUGGUCACAACGGAAACAUAAAGGUCAAGGUCACCAUGCCUUGACCCUCACAAAUGGUGAUUUAUUUAAAGACCACAGGAGCAAUUGGAAGAACUGUGUUCAGUCCAAAAAAUGGCGGGUUCUUCAGGAAUUAACGAAAGACAACACAACAAAUAAAGCCCGAGUGUUCACGGAACUCGCUGCGUGCGCAGCUGAAUCCGUAAACGCAGACGGACACAACUUAUACUUAGUCGAUGAUCAAAACCAGUUAUUCUUGGCCAGUAAAAGUAGCAAAAACCAACGCGCCCCGACAACAUGUGUUGGGAGAAUCGAACCUCGCACCACCCUCCCCGCCUAUGUGGCGUACACCAAGGAGUCGGUGGUCUCCCAAAACCUCGUGGGGGAUCCUCGAUUUCCUCUGGGGUUCGGCGUGGAAACAGAAAAAGGAGUGUCUGCUAUAGCAGUCCCACUCCUUCACGGCAACAACACCGUUCUAGGUGUUGUUGAAUUAUAUAGAAACUACGGCAACAUGCCUUUCUCCGUGGAAGAAGAAGAGGUAGCAGAAAUGAUGCUAGUGUGGGCAGAUAUUUGUAUGGAAUACGUGGAGAUGUACAACAGCAUGAUGAAACAGAGGAAGCUGAACGAUUUCCUUUUAGCAGUAACUAAGUCAAUUUUCCAAGAUAUAGUCAGUAUGGAUACAGUGAUCAUGAAAAUAAUGAAUUAUGCCAAAAAGCUGGUGAUUGCCGACAGAGCAUCCUUGUUCUUGGUGGACACGAAAAGUCGCGAACUGUACGCGCGGAUCUUUGACACUGGGAGGGUGGAGGAACAUAUUCCUCAGAAAGAAAUCAGGUUCCCUAUGGACAGGGGCGUGGCAGGUCAUGUGGCCUCCACGGGGGAGGUGCUUAAUAUAGCGGACGCCUACACGGACAGUCGGUUUAACCGCGAUGUCGACUUACAAACCGGAUACAGAACAAAAAGCAUACUAUGUAUGCCUAUCUAUAACCGGGGAAAUAUUAUUGGUGUGGUUCAGAUGGUAAAUAAAAUCGACGGAGUUUUUACAAAAGCAGAUGAAGAGUCAUUCGAAACCUUUGCUAUUUAUUGUGGACUAGCUCUUCACCAUGCUAAACUGUAUGACAAGAUCCGCCGAUCGGAACAGAAGUACCGUGUUGCGGUAGAGGUUCUGUCCUACCACAGUCAGUGUAACGAUGAGGAGUACCAGAUGGUGAAAACAAUGCCCAUUCCCGACGACAUUCCCGACAUUCUAGACUACGAUUAUUCCCCUUGGGCGAUCGACAACGAUAAUAAGCCUGUGUAUGUCCUGUACAUGAUGCGGGACAUCUUUAACAUGCACUCACAUAGAAACAAAAACGAAGAAAGAAGGUUUGACAUUGACGACAUGAUUCGGUUCACUCUGACUGUACGCAAAAAUUACCGGAAUGUGCCCUACCAUAACUGGGCGCAUGCGUUCUCCGUGGCCCACGCCAUGUUCGCCGUCAUCAAAACAUCCCAGCAUCACUUCACGCCUAUUGAGAGUCUGGCCUUAUAUAUUGCUUGUCUCUGUCAUGACCUUGAUCACAGGGGAAAGACGAACGCUUUUAUGGUCAAGAGCGCGGCUCCCCUGGCUGCCAUUUACUCCACAUCUACUAUGGAGCACCAUCAUUUCAACCAUACUGUCACCAUAUUACAGAAUGAAGGUCACAAUAUUUUCAAACACCUUACCUCAGCAGAAUACAAACAGAUUUUGAGUGAUAUAAGACAUUGUAUUCUGGCCACUGACUUGGCCUUGUUCUUUGGAAACAGGUCUCGCUUGCAGGAUAUUGCUGACAAAGGAGAAUUUUCAUGGGAAAAUGCAGAACACAGACGUCUUGUUAUGGCCAACAGCAUGACGGCAGCCGACCUGUGUUCUAUGUAUAAACCCUGGGAUCUUCAGGUACAACUCGUUGACGUCAUCAUGGAAGAAUUCUGGCAGCAGGGGGAUGAGGAGCGAUCACAAGGACUAACUCCUAUGCCGAUGAUGGACAGACAAAAAAAGAAUGAAUUACCACACCUUGAGGUGGGGUUUUUGGUGGGCAUUUGCCUCCCUUGUUACGAGGUGAUGGCGCAGAUCCUCCCGGAAACAAAACCAAUGGUUGACGGAGCCAUUGCUAACUUAAAGAAAUGGCGGGAAUUAGCAGAAAAGGAAGCUUUGGAGAAGGAAAAAGAAAAUGAGGAACCACAAAAACCACAGCAAACGGAUGAUAACCAGGAAAAAGAGAAAGAAGAACCAGUUACCACAACAGAGAAACCCAGUGAUGACGCUAUAGUGACGUCAGAAAAGACUCUUUUAUCGGCAGGAGACGGUUUAGAUGACAGUGCUUCAGAUACAAGUUUUUUGGCGGCAGGUAAACCGCUGCCAGACAUUUCUAGUGAUCAAACCUCAAAUGUGUCGUCAGAGAAAACAGUGCUAUCAUUACACAGCGAAGAAUCACGAUAAUUACUGUUCUUUUUGAGAGAUGUUUAUUUUUGUUACAGUGAUGUAAAAUAUUUGAGCGCCAUGGAGCGUUUCCAUGACAAUGAACUUUGUGUUUAACCACUACGCAGGGUAACCAUGGAGCGCGCAUGCUCUGUGAUGCAAGGUCUGUGAUUUAUUUAUAUUUCUUACCAGAGAGGGUAUGCUGUUUGGAUACUCUCUUAUAAAUUAUUCGGAACCUCUUAUUUAUUUUCAUGACGAUAAUACUCCACGACGUUCCAUCCUUUCUGCGUUUUAUUCCGUUAAGUGUUUUAUCGUAACGUUGACGUGUUGGAUAUUGUAGAUUAAAAUGUUAUCAAAGUUA